GAGAUUGAUGACGGCGGCAGAGAGCGAGGUGGCAUCCCCGCCGGUUGCUAAGGCCCGUCCUCCUCUGAACGUCCUUCGGUUCCCGCGUCGGGACCUGACCAGCCGACGUCGGCCGAAGGGAGGAGGCAUUAACGCGGCCAGGACUGGUCGGAGGCCAGUGUUGGACGGUUGCAUUCGAAGAACAGAGCAUUGUGAGCAUUCCCUCUACUUGAUUCUUUUGCAAGUCGCCAGCCCAGCUUUUAAUAUUUUCCGUCAUUUCAUCUUCACUGAAUGAGAUGUGAUCUACAACGGACUUUAAAUGCAAAUCCGCUCAGCAAUACUAAAUAUUAUAUGGGAUGAUAUGCGUAAUCCUCCUCAUGCAUUGAAUCAUCUAGUCUGUUUAUUCGAGCUGUUUGGAUGGCAGGGGGUCCUUACAAGAGGGAGUUUUCCAAGAUGCCUUUGGAUAAGUAAUGCCAGAAAAUAAACCCAUGAAUGUGGAUCAAAAAGAGACGGGGACCAUCACUGAUGUGUGCAGCAGUGAGGAGUUGCCUGAGGUGGAACUUGUGAGCUUGAUUGAAGACCAGCUUCCCCAGUAUCACCUGCGAGCAGAGUCGCUCUACCUCUAUCAGAACAAGGACUGGGAGCAGACCUCUGAGCAUCCUGGACAUGCAUCCACCGGGCUUUCUCCCACCCAGGCUGAGGAGGCCUUCCGCUACAUGAUUCUCAGUUCUGAAAGGGUGGAUCAGAUGACAAGGACGUACAAUGACGUUGAUAUGGUCACACACUUGCUGGCUGAGAGAGAUCGCGAUUUGGAAUUGGCUGCUCGGAUAGGGCAGUCUUUACUGCAACGGAACAGAGUACUAUCUGAGAGAAAUGAACUCUUAGAAGAACAGUUGGCCCAGGCUUACGAUCAAGUUAACCAACUGCAGCAUGAGUUGUCAAAAAAAGAUGAUCUCCUGCGAAUUGUGGCCAAUGCUUCUGAGGAGAGUGAAUCUGACUCCAGCUGCUCCACGCCCCUCCGACGUAACGAGUCCUUUCAUUUAUCGCAUAGUUUGAUGCAAUUGGAUGCAUUGCAGAGUAAACUGCGAGAACUAGAGGAUGAAAAUCUUUCUCUCCGUUCCGAGGCUUGUCACCUGAAGACUGAAACUAUCAACUACGAAGAGAAGGAACAACAGCUGGUCAAUGACUGUGUGAAAGAGUUGAGAGAAGCAAACAUACACAUUUCUAACCUGGCAGAUGAACUCUCCAGAAAGAAUGAUGACAUCGCUCGUCACCAAGAGGAGAUUACCAACUUACUCGGUCAAAUUGUGGAGCUUCAACUUAAAGUCAAAGAGUGUGCCAUUGAGAAAGAAGAACUGAAGCAACAUCUGCAGGCAUCUAAAGAUGCCCAGAGACAGCUUACAGCAGAGCUGCUGGAAGUGCAGGAUCAUAAUGUUGAGUGUUUGGGAAUGUUGCAUGAAUCUCAGGAGGAAGUAAAAGAGUUGCGGAACAAGUCAACAUCAUGCUCACUUAACCGGCCCCAAGCCUACAGCAUGUUCCCUAUGAAUUCCUUGGCUGCUGAAAUUGAGGGAAGCAUGCGUAAGGAGCUAAAUCUGGAUGAGUCGACCAUGGAAGAUCAAAGAAACCAACACAGGCGGGUUUUCCAUACAGUCAGAAGCAUCAAUGAAGCCAUACAAUCACAUGUGCCAGCUUCUCCUCUGGGAUCUAUCCCAGGAUCUGGUUGUUCAUCUGUUCUCAUGACCAUGAAACCCCACCAAUCCAAAAUGGGACCAUCUGAUCCAAAGGUGUCAAAUAACUCGGCAGGUGAAGCUGGUUCCUAUUGUGAACAGUCUAAGGUUGGACAACCGGGCACACCUGGUGGCAAAGACCUGUCCACUGCUGUGCGCCGCCUUUCUCUGCGGCAGGAGAAUUACUUGAGUGAGAAGAUGUUCUUUGAAAGUGAGAGGGAUCGGAAGCUGAUGGCCAUGGCAACAGAGGAGGAGGCUGGCUGCAGUACGCCAGCAGAAAGUGUGAUGUCCACUGGGACCAACCUCAGUGACCUAACAGAGAUGUCUUGCUUUUCCAGUGUGUCUAGCACUUACCGCACAUUCCUACCCGAGAAACUACAGAUUGUCAAACCAAUUGAAGGUUCAAUGACUCUCCAUCAGUGGCAACAGUUGGCGCAGCCUAACCUGGGCACAAUUUUAGACCCACGGCCUGGGGUCCUCACUAAAGGCUUUGAGCUACUUCCAGAAGAUAGCGUCUACCACCUCUCUGAUCUGGAGGAGGACAGUGAGGAAGGAAUCACAUUCAAAGUUCAGCACACUUCCACCCCCGAGGAUAAGAAAGAGAAGCAGCAGGAGAAAGAGUCUUCUGAAGGGAAGGAGCUACCACCAGAUAUUUUUCUGCCAAUAAAUAGCCUCUCGACUCACGACUCAACAGCUGUGCGGAAUCCAGGCAAAUGUCUGUCACAGACCAACUCAACUUACACCUUCACCACCUGCAGAAUCCUUCAUCCCACCGACAUUGUUCAAGUCUCAACAAGUGUCAGGUAUGCUCCAGUGCCAAAUACAGGGGGUUCAUCUGUGAACGUGAUCUCCAGUCCAAGCACCCCUAUAGCUUCUUGCCGGCCAAGCAUUGAUGAAUCCUUCACAAAGAGGAGGGAGUCGACUACUACUCUGAGCAGCACCAGCAGCUUAACAAAGCUCUUGCAAGAUCGUGGGAUCUCCGCUGGAGUUUAUCGUUGUGCUCUGUUGAAAACCCCACCCGCGGUUGCCCCCAAGAUGUUACCUAUACCCCGUACCCCACCAAACUCUCCCUCCCACUCCCCGUGCCUGUCACCAUUGCCCUUUGACACACGGGGAGCCAUCGAUAACUUCCUUGCUUCACGCCCUGCAGAGACGCUGCUCCACGAAGUCUACUGCCUGAAGCCUGGUCGGGGCUGUGCUGAUUCUGGUCCUACCGGUCUGAACCUGGUCAAAAAAUUGCAAAGAAUGGGAAUUGCCCAGGCUGUCACCCCACAGAACAUCCCAGAGGAUGACGACAGCCAAGAAGGAAAGGCUAAGAAGCACCGACAGGAAUCAGCAAUGUUCAUGGGGACUGGUAGCAGCCUGCUAGGGGUCUUGAGGCGGAACCAGAGUCUCCCCAGUGUGCUUGGCGGACUUGGCAGGCCUAUACCAAAGAUGGGCACCUUCAAUGAGAAGACUGAAACCAAUUUGGUUUUAUCUGCAGACAAGUGACCCAUCUGAAUUCCAUUCCCUCUUCCCCACCUCCCAACCCUCCAACCCUUGUUCCUCAACCCCAACCCAGCCCUGAGUGGUUUUAACAGGAAGGCAGGGUUUGUUUUUUUUGUUGUCGAGAAACUCUUGAAAGUCUGAAGGUGGUAAGCGCAAGUGAACAAAGGAAAUUGAGCUGUUGAAAAGAUGAAAUGAUUUAGAAAUGAGAGGGUAAGUAAAGGGAACUGAUUAGUGAUGAAAUGAAGGCAGAAGAGAGGUGACAUGGAAAAUAUUUGAACAUUUUAAGGGUUGGUAAAGAUAGUAAUGAAAACGAGGCAUUUGUACAAGGGCUGGACCUGCAGCUUGACACUAAUGAACAAGAGUACAGGUUCACCACUGUUCCUCAACUCUUGCCCUUGGGAAUUACCAUGCGGUCUGCUUCUGUCCUUUGACAGCAAAGCACAGAACAAAGCAUUAAAGCACACCCCUAAAUGUUUUAUCUGGACUAAGCACUAGAGUAACCACUAGCAGUGCUACCCUUUGUUUAUGAUUCAGUACUCUAAGACCCCGGCAGCCCCAAAACAAGCCUUGCUGUAUUUGCCUAUUAUUCAAUGCUUGCACUGCCUCACCACCUUUUCAACACACAUGCUUUUUUUUAAAGUCCAAAUAUUUCUGAACAUUUUUGAAGUAUUCACAUUAUACCCUGUUUUCCUAUAUCAGUUUGAACACACAUGUAAAUUAUUUUCCUUCUAAAGCCAAUUCACCAGGUAAUAUCAUUGUGCUUUAACCAUCACAUUACCCUAAUUAAAUUCUGUUUGGGCUUUUUAGAACACUGUUUAAUCAGACUCUUCACUUUUUAGCACAAAAGUAGGAUUAUUUGCCCCUUUGGGUUUGGCAUAAUCAAUUUUGACAUGAAUGCAGUCAAUUUAAAAACCCACCACAAUAUGUCAGAAUUGAAGGGCUGUACUGAUCAAAAGCAUUAUGUGUUCUUGACUAUGAAAUUGGUGACUCCCUGGGAUUGCUAUCCAUGCACAUGAAACCACAUGAUACACAACCUAACCCCACGCAAGAUGCCUUGACAAGAGAGACUGAAGUGCAUUCAAUUUAAAUCCAUGUGUAUUUAACGGUGAUAUUGAACAGGUUGUGGGUGAUAGGGUUGGGGGGGGGUGGGGUGGGGAGGGCAGGUUUUUGGAACUGGUGCUUCAAUACUAUCAUAUUACUACUUCAUAUAAGCUAUAAGAUGUGCAUUUUUUUGCUCUAUGUACUAAUCUAAAGCUAUAACUGGCUGAAUUUAGUUUUGACUUAUUUUGGCCUUCAGAAACCACAGGUGGAAUCACGGUCUGUAGGGGUAGAAUUUGAGUUGGCAAUGUUUGGUUAACUUCUUUUUUGAACCUCCCCCUUCCACCGCCCCUUUGGGUUGUGGAAGGGUUAGCCAGAGUAGAAAAACAAGGGAUUGCUUGGUGGAGCUAAAGAUCCCACCGGUUGGCUGUUUGAGGUGUAGCACGAAGGGACAGGAAUUGACAAGGAAAUCUAGAAAAUACAGAUGGGGAAUUCACCACAGCCAAACAGCAUGGUUUUUCAUUCAAUGUUGUGGAAUGAAGUGAAAGACAGUGCAAACAAAUCUACCAAUCCAAAUGUGGUGCCUGGUUUAAUGGUCUCUAAUGUCAAGACCGCAGAUUUUUGAAGUUAUCAAUGGCAUAGUAUAGAUUGAUAUUUUAUUUAUUUCUAUACACAUUGAUUCUUUCUUUUAAAAAAAAUCAUUGUCAUAUUUGUUUGCCAUUCUACAAUCUAGAACCUCUGAUCUAAGCACUUGUCAUGCUAUGAGUUUGGUGAAUCUUGUCUACCCCAAGUUUUGGAGUUGCCAAUUCUGAUUGGACAGAAUCCUCCAGGAGGUUCAUCACGUGACUCUAUCCACUCUGCUCCCAUGCUCCAGCCUUUGGUCGUCCACCCUCGCAUCUUCCCAUCCCAAUCAGGAAACAAGUAGACAUUGGCAGUCAAGAAUCACUAAAUUCUGUAACAAUCAAAUAUUUUCCCAUUUCCAUAUUUUUAAAUACCAAAAAAAUGAGGGUUUGGAGAAAUUAAGAAUCAUUUUUAAUGCUCCUCUUUGAUGACCUGGAGGUUGACAUUCAAUUCCACGGAAGUCACCACGACGAUCCUGGAGGGUUGACCACCCUACACAAGCAUACCUUUUGUUUUCAAUUUAGUUGUAUUUUGUGUAUGUUUACUGUUACUUGCAAAGCCAUGAAUUUAAAGUUCAGCAGUACCCUUUCUGAAACAAAGGCAUCUUUCAGAGUGUUGUGGGCAGAAUAUAGUUAGUUCCAAACUUCAUUUCAAGAUGACCCUGGGAUAGAAAUAUAGGCAUAAUGGGAAAAUAUCUUGGGCUGACAGCAGUCCUCAGAAGCUGACAUGUCUUUAAAAGCUCUGCAAGCUGUCAUGUCUUUAGAGUACACGGGUUACAUGUCACGCUGCUAGGUUCCUGCCAGCUCAGAGCCAAAGUGGCAAAAUCGCACUAAUCUUCACCUCAGGCAUGGUUUUGCACUUUUAAAGAAAAAAUGCACUUUUUUUUUAAAAAAAAAGGGCCUAUUUGUAAUUCUAAAACAAAAACUAAUUGUAAAGUAGAAGAAUCUAAGGCAAUCUAAAACAAAAUUUGCAGAAUAAGCUUUAAAAUCUUUAUUUGGAAAUGUGAAACUCUUUCAGUUCUUAUGAUUUGAUAUUUAGUUUCCAGGUGCAUAAUAAGCUUGUUUAUUUAGUGAAGGAGAGGUUAAUCCACUAAACUCUGAUCAGGAAUGCAUUCCGCCCAAUACCUACAGUUGGUCAGGUCUGGCACAAGCCCAGAAACCCUGGGCCAUCUGCCAUUAUACAUUUGUGAAGGACACAGAGAUGAAACUUGCUAUUAUUGAAACUUGAGCAAUUACAAUGAUCAGUGAAGAAGUCCUUUGGAAACCCCAUUCCAGAGACUGCUGAUCAUAUCCUGAGAGCAGAGGAACACCAGACUCCACAUUAGGAUAGAUAGAACCCAAAUUUACUAUCUAAUCGGACUUUGUACAUGCUCCUUCAUUCUGUGUAAACAGGGUUUGAUUCCAGUACUAAAACCCCUACAUUCUGAGGUGAGUUAUAUUUCAGCUAUCUAUGUACAUGUUCUUGUGGAUUUGUGUCUAUUUAAAAAGGGAAUUACAUUCACUUUCUUCCACAAACUGGUACAGCAAAAGUGACCAAACCUGGCACAGUUUCAUUCUCUACUGAGUAUAAACACCUUGUCCAGCCUGUGAAUCCAGAGCCCACUCUGGAUAAACAGUUAUCUGAGGGUAGGUUAGAAGGGGAGAGAGAGGCAGCUGUUGGAAGGAUGAGGUGCCUAUUGCCCUCACACUCAGCGGAGGGGAUUCCUGUUCUCUCUGCUAAGUGUUCUGACUGAAGCAAUCUCUGACCACUCUCUUGAAGGUGCAGUGGACCAGCUGUGACCUUAGUGGCUCGCUGGGAUGGUGGAUGUAUGGAAGUGUUAGCCAAACUGGACUUGCAGCAGCAUUAUACAUUGUGCCUAGUUUCCAUUAGACUUUCGGGGAAAAAUGUGGCAAUCAAGAUAGCAGGGGCUGUAAUGGAUGACUGUGUCCCAGCUAUGUGCAUCAUUGCAUUUCCAAGAGUCUCUUUAGAAGUCUCGGUGUGCUUUCUUGCUUGCUAGUUAACCAGGUGAUGAAUUGAGUGUGUAAAAGAUAAAUUCGUUCAAAGCUAAGGGAUAAUGAACUCUAAUUGGCCAGUAAUCGAAAUCCAUGCUGCUUCAAGUUACCAAGGUUUGUAUAUAUCUGAGCAAUUCUCAAACUGUGUGGGGAUCAGUGAGAUUGCUUUCUUGUUUAAUCGAAAUAUUGUUUAGGAAUGUAAAUUGACCAUUUAAAUCCGUCCUGCGUGAGAAACGUGGGAGUGUAUUUUUGUUUGGACAGUGUAUUUGAGGAUCUAACCUUGAAUCAGCCCACGUUCCGCUGCCUUGUCACUGGGUAAGAACGUGUCAUUUCUUCGCUGUCUGCUUUCAGAGCUCUCUGGUUUUAGAGGAGGAUUCAUUGGAAACCCACUCAGUUUAGUUAGUAUCUGUUGUUGCUUCUACUUGGCUUGCAUGUUUUGUUUAUAUUAAAUAUUAAUUUUAAAGCAGGGUGAAGUUUAGGCUGAUGUUCUAAUUGUGUGGCUCUUGGGUUGCCCUAACAGCAAGCCCUGCCUGACCACAGCCCAGGAGUGGUUAGGUCUUGGGUGGGUCCUGGCAACGCACAGAAUUAGUGGCUAGUCCUUGCUGAGUCUGUGCAAUCCCCCGCCAAUGGCUUGGUUGCAUUUCCGUGGAACGUCUCUGGGAAAUUCUUGCACUAUUUUUUGUAGGAGGAAAGAUAUAUUUAGUCCAGUGGGUGAAUAGUUUUACUAGCUACUGCACACAGUUGCUCUACUUGAUAUGUGGCAUGGUCCUCCUAUGUUUACUUGUGGCAGUGGUCAGGAGAUUGAACUACUUGCCACCCGGCCGAUGUAGUUGAUGCCUUUUGGUUUACCUUCCAGAACUACCCUGAGAAGAACAAAUGCAGUUGUUUUCACCAAGUUUGUCAUUUGUUACGCAAUAUUUGAUAUUUAUUGUAAUAAUUAAUGUAACUGCAAAAAUACAUGGUAUUUCUGAGCAAUUCAUAAAUAAAUGUUUUUUUUAA